UUGGCUUCAUGUGCCUGUUGUUUGGUCUACUGUAGAUACAAUGAAUGCAUCUGAAUACAUAGACUUCUCAUCAGCAAAAGAGGACUGCGGCAUCAAUAAGGAUGUGGUUGACAAGAUGUUGCCAGUCCUCUUCUUCCUGAUCUUCGUCCCGGCUCUGGUGCUGAACGUCACAGUGAUGUGGAUCCUGCUGCAGCUCAGAACCAAGUCCACCUUCAUGGUGUACCUGAAGAACCUGGUGACGGCCGACCUGCUCAUGACGCUGGUGCUGCCGGCGAGGGUGGCGAGCAAGCUGCCCGGUGCGUCUCUGGGGCUGCGGGCGUUCACCUGCCGCUUCGCCAGCGUCCUCUUCUACCACUCCAUGUGCAUCAGCAUCGUGCUGAUGGGAUUCAUCCGCCUGGACCGCUUCAUUAAGGUCGUCCGGCCCGAGGUCUGUGGCAGCUGGCUGGGCCAGAGCCUUCUCUUUGGCAGGGCCGUCUCCGCUGCCACCUGGGUGACCAUGCUGACCGCAGCCACCCAGCCCACAAUAAUACUGACCAGCAGGGCACCGUCAAACAUGGACAUGAAAACAGAGGUAGGGAGGGACUUCCACAAGGCGCUGGUUUUGGUGUUGAACUGUCAGUUUUGGGUCGUGCUGGUUUUGAUCGGGUUCUGCUACACAUGCAUAGCCCGGACGGUGGUCCGGUCGUACCGCAGCUCUGGGAGCACGAACGAGGAAGUGAAACGCAAGACCGAAGCGAAGGUGUUUAUUGUGCUGGGGGUCUUCCUGGUCUGUUUCGUCCCGUACCACAUUGCACAAAAGCACAGUUGCAAGACGAAGGUGUUUAUUGUGCUGGGGGUCUUCCUGGUCUGUUUCGUCCCGUACCACAUUGCACAAAAGCACAGUUGCAAGAGGGAAUCACUGAAGGUGGCCAAGGACUUUACCCUCUGGCUCGCGGCCACUCAGAUCUGCCUGGACCCACUCAUCCAUUUCUUCCUGUGCAGAAGCUUCCGAGAGAAGCUGUCCAACCUCGGAAUACUCAGGAGGUUCUCAACCAGUGCCUCAGGGACCAAUGAAGACUCGACCAACGAAUGAAGAGGGGCAGAAGCAGA